UUUCUCGCCUAACCCCAACCCGACGGGGGAGAGAUCCCGUCGUGAGCGAGCCAGUGAGUUCCCUUCCCCCUCCCCUUUCUCCGUGUGUAUAUAUAGCCAAUUCAUACGCGACGCUCCCGCACCACUCAUCAAGGAAGGAACACUGAAAUCCUCCCCUGCACCUUCGUCUUCCUCUUUCUCUCAAUCACCUUCAUCCCCUUCCCCUCUCCUCACCUUCCCUUCCGCCUUCUUUCCCAUAGGUCACUCGGAAAGGAGAGAAAAGAAACCCACACAAGCAAGCGAAGCAGAUCAAGCAGGAGCGGCAGCAGCAUUCGCACCACAAAAGAAGGGAAGAGAAGUAAUCAUGGUGAAGAUCUGCUGCAUCGGCGCCGGCUACGUGGGCGGGCCGACGAUGGCCAUGAUCGCAUACAAGUGCCCCGACAUCCAGGUGGUGGUCGUCGACAUCUCUGUGUCCCGCAUCAACGCCUGGAAUAGCGAUCGCCUCCCCAUCUUCGAGCCUGGGCUGGACGAGGUGGUUAAGCACUGCCGCAACCGCAACCUUUUCUUCAGCUCCGACGUCGAGACCCACGUUGCCGAUGCCGAGAUCGUCUUCGUAUCCGUCAACACCCCCACCAAGACGCGCGGCCUCGGCGCCGGCAAGGCCGCGGAUCUCACCUAUUGGGAGAGUGCCGCGAGGAUGAUUGCCGACGUCGCCAAGUCCGACAAGAUUGUGGUGGAGAAAUCGACGGUUCCCGUCAAGACGGCGGAGGCCAUCGAGAAGAUCUUGACCCACAACAGCAGGGGGAUCAACUUUCAGAUCCUCUCCAACCCGGAGUUCCUGGCGGAGGGGACGGCCGUCGAGGACCUGAAGAAGCCGGAUCGGGUGCUUAUCGGAGGCAGGGAGACCCCGGAGGGCCGCAGGGCCGUGCAGGCUCUCAAGGACGUCUACGCCCGCUGGGUCCCUGAAGACCGGAUAAUCACCAUGAACCUCUGGUCUGCGGAGCUCUCCAAGUUGGCGGCCAACGCCAUCCUUGCCCAGCGGAUCUCAUCCAUCAACGCCAUCUCCGCGCUCUGUGAGGCCACUGGCGCCGACGUCUCCGAGGUCGCCUACGCCGUCGGCAAGGACUCUCGGAUCGGUUCCCGCUUCCUCAACGCCAGCGUCGGUUUCGGCGGAUCCUGCUUCCAGAAAGACAUCCUCAACCUGGUGUACAUCUGUGAGUGCAACGGCCUCUCCGAGGUGGCCAACUACUGGAAGCAGGUCGUCCACAUCAACGACUACCAGAAGAGCCGCUUCGUCAACAGGGUGGUGUCCUCAAUGUUUAACACCGUCUCCGGCAAGAAGAUCGCCAUCUUGGGGUUCGCCUUCAAGAAGGAUACGGGCGACACUAGGGAGACUGCGGCCAUCGACGUCUGCCACGGGCUACUCGGGGACAAGGCGCAGCUCAGCAUCUAUGACCCCCAGGUGACGGAGGACCAGAUGCGGAGAGAUCUCGCCACCAACAAGUUCGAUUGGGAUCACCCGCAGCACCUCGUCCCCAGCAGCCCCACCGCCUCGAAGCAGGUUUCUGUCGUCUGGGACGCCUAUGAGGCUGCCAAAGGGGCACAUGGCAUCUGUAUCCUUACCGAGUGGGACGAAUUCAAGACCCUUGACUACCAGAAGAUCUACGACAACAUGGAGAAGCCGGCCUUCAUCUUCGACGGCCGCAACAUCGUCAAGGUGGACGAACUCAGGAAGAUCGGAUUCAUCGUCUACUCCAUCGGCAAGCCACUCGAUCCGUGGAUCAAGGACCUGCCAGCCGCCCCAUCCGCCUGAUAGACUAUGGUUCUGUCAUGUCUUGUUCCCCAAUGUUGGUUAGCUUCCUUACUAAGCACCUCUCCUCCCCUUUCUCUUCUGCUACUCCUUUUGUCCCCCACAACCCAUCCCUCAUCUCUCUCUGUCAUGUUUGCGCCUGUCCCUUCUCCUGCUACUGUUCAUUGAUGUCGAGUACUGAUAACUAUCGUCAAUUUAGUUCCUUCACCCUUCCUCUCUCCCACUUUUCAGACAUUUUCUUUCUUUUUCCUCUUUCUUAUCCACAUUUCUUAUUUCAAUUUUGUUUUGCAUCUGCUGGUUCUUUCCCAUUCCUUCAUUAGAGAUUAUUAGGUUAAAAUGCAAUCAGAGCGAUUACCUUCCAACUGAAGAGAGAACAGUGUGAACGAAAAGGAGAAACAGGGUUCGGUGAUUUUUUUUGUCCUUGAGGUCAAAAUUUAGAAAGAUCUGCAGAACCCGGCCGGCUGACUGCCCUUGUGUUGGCGAUCUAUCUCAGCGUGCCAGGGAGCUUUCUUCCCUCUCUCUUUCACGUUUGUUGUUUUCGGUGCCACUUUUGUGUACCCAAAUUAUUAUAAUAAGAAAAUUUCGGAUUUUGUUGGUCUA